AUGUCAGACCUUCUCAAAGGAUAUGUGGAUAUUGCCCUCACGUAUGAGCGUGAGCAGGAGGAGAUUGCAGUCUCCGAAGGCUGGGCUGAAAAUGCCGGAUGUAUAUUCCAUGACCACUUCACACUAGUUGGUCCAGAGCAUGACCCAGCCAGUGUCAGCCAAGCAAAGUGCAUUGAGGAAGCAUUCGAUCGAGUCGCCUCGAAAACGAUGGAUCAGCAACUAUGUGCAAAGAACGAGAAAUCUGGCGCCGAUGCCAUCGUUGUCCAUGGGAGGAAAGUCUGA